AUGGCGGUGGCGGGAGCCGUGAGGAUGCUCUGGCGGAGGAACCUUACCCGUGGCCCGGCCGUAGAUUUUCCUCAUUUGUUAGGUUGCAGACAGAAAUCAACAGUGAGUUUCCUUAGCCGGCCCGAUCGUCCAAAACUGGCUUAUAAUAAGCUGAAAGGCAAGAAUCCUGGAGUUGUCUUCCUCUCAGGUCUUUAUUCAAAUAUGAAUGGUCGGAAGGCACUUGCACUCGAAGACUUCUGCAAGUCUAUUGGUCAUGCUUUUGUAAGGUUUGAUUACACUGGUUGUGGAAGUUCAGAAGGCAAUGUCAAAGAAUCUACAGUGGGGAAGUGGCGGAAGGAUGUUCUUUCGGUACUGGAUGAACUCACAGAUGGACCACAGAUUUUAGUUGGUUCCAGUUUGGGCGGAUGGCUGAUGCUUCAUGCAGCAAUUGCCCGACCAGAAAAGGUGGUUGCUCUGGUUGGAAUAGCUGCGGCUGCAGACGAGCUUGUAGCAACUUUUCAGCAACUUCCUUUAGAAGUGAAGAAAGAAAUAGAAGAAAAAGGUGAAUGGAAGUUGCCAACCAAGCACAAUGAAGAAGGCUUUUACACUGUACCAUAUGAAGUCAUUCAGGAGGCAGAAAAUCACUGUGUAUUGGGUACUCCUCUUCCCAUAAAGUGUCCUGUGCGACUUCUCCAUGGUAUAAAAGAUGAAGAUGUUCCAUGGCAGAUUUCCUUGAAAAUUGCUGAACGUGUGGUCAGCACAGAUGUGGAUAUUAUUCUCCGCAAAGCUGGGCAACAUCGAAUGAAAGAACAAGAAGAUAUUAAACUUAUUGUGUACACUGUUGAAGACUUGAUUGACAAGCUGACCACACUAACAUGAAUUUCAAUACAGGCAGUAGCAGAAGAGGUUUGACCUUGACUCAGUGGUUCAGUUGGGGGGAUUUUCAAACUGUGACUGGUCAUCUGGAAGGUCCUGGAACUUUAGGGUUGUUUCUUCAUCACUGUUUCUUUGGUAAAUCGGUAUUUUAAUGCAGCAUUUGCACAAAUGACAGAAAAUGCUGUUGUCUCAAUCCUUGCUACCACAACCAAAUCACCUUUUUUGCAAUACCUAUUUCCUAUGCUUUUGUACCUGGAUAUAUUUGUGCCAACGAUUUUCACUUUGUUAUAAUAUGUUGUGACUUUUUUCAUCCUUUUUAAACCUUAAAAUAAAUAUGCAUUCUAAUGUUCUUCCACUUGAGUUGAAAAAUGCAACUUAUGUAUUCAAACUCAGAAGAAACCUGCCUGGAAUACUUGCACACUAUUUUUGGUUCCUACAAAUACAGCUUAGUUUUGGGGGGACAGUAGUAAAAAUGAAUGGGAAAAAUAAACAUUUUUUAUAUUUAAAAAUAAUUUGAAUUGCUCCUGUGUUGCUUACAAAAGAGUUAGAGGUUUCUGGAACUGUUCCUUGUAAUUUUCUAACCCAUGUUGUCACCACAGUAAAAUCAAACGCAAGCCAAUUGCCUAAUAUGCAUCUAUGCACUAAAGAAGAAAUAUAUAUAGUCAGACAUUUGCUUACCUAAAGCCUGAACACAUUACAUGGAAUCAGGUCCUUUCAGUGAGUUAUUUCCAAGUAGUGUGUGCAUGGCUAGGUAUAAAGGGACUUAUGCAGAGGGUACAAUUAGAUCAUGAGCAUGUUUUGCUUGUCUACAGGUUGUAGUCCAUCAUAUUGCUAGUAAUCAUUUGCUUGCUUGUUUGCCAGAGAAGACAAAGUUCUGUUAAGCCUGCUCAGUUCAGCGAUCUUGUGAUUAUAAAUAUUUUAUUUGUAUAUUGUGAGUCCCCUGGGUUU